AUCGCGCAGAAUCCUAUUAGGAUCGAUGGUCGGCUGGCGUGGUCGUCGAACACCACGAUUAUCGCGAGAAUUACUCUCACGCGGCGACGGUUGCUGAGAUUCAGCCGGCUGAUCAUUCUGUGGUUUACUCGGCUCGUUGCGCUGCUGAUAGCCAGCAGAACGGAUAUUCGACUGGUUUCCACGCUGUCUGCCACGUUUCUGCAAAUCAGCGGACUUUUUAGUAUCAUACAUCGACAAGUCUCUCCCGGCAACCACUAUAUUCUUGCCAGAAUGAGAGUGAUUUUCAGACGGCUCUAACGUAUAUUCAAUACGGUGUCGAGCACCAAACACAGAUCGGCUACUGUCCGUAGAAGACGGCUCUUUAAUCGACGUAUUAGAGUCGUCGAUAGACAAACUACCUACUUGUUUCGACAGUCCGACACGCGCGUCUGGUUGUACACGCGACGUGCUGGGUUGCGGUUCGAGUUUACGCUGCUGUGAUGCAGCUCGGCUGGGAUACUGCUGUUGUGCAGUAUUUCCUCGGUACCCACGCUCAUGCAGCCAAGGAUCAGAAGUCCCUGCACUGCUAGCACUACUCGGCGCCUGCUGUAAAAGCAGUGUAUUAAACGGCUGUGUUAUACAUAAUCGACGAGCAGGAAUUAUUAGACUCACAAAGGCGACACUGUGGACAAAUCUGGAAUUUAUUCCAGAUUUGGAAGCGUGCAAAAAACCAACUGCCUAAGGCAACACAAUCUAACACGGCAGAAUCGGUGCUGCCCCAAAGCCCAAACGUAACCACACCAUCCUGGGCGGUGGCACCGAUCGCCUAGCAGUAGGAAGACAAGUAAGUCACUUGUCACAAGUGCAACACUGCCAACAUGUAAACCGUGGCUCUCAUUUUGUAUAAAUUCUUUGUUUUGCGGUUUUAUAAGCGCUGGCACUGCCGUGUCAGAAUAUUCGGAUUUAUUUACUGGACUCAACGAAUUUUCUGAAAUGAGCAAUGAUUCGCGAUUAUUAUUGUGGGAAUACGAGCCCGGCGUCGCUGAUCUUACGGAGCGCCAACAAGAGCUUUAUCAAGAUCUUGCUUUUCUUGUGGAGAAAGCGUUUGCUCCCAGUAACUCAUCCGAUGGGGAACAAGACACUCCACAAUCUAGGAGCAACGUGCCCGAUGAAAAAUCAGCAUCCGUCAUUCUCGACCAGCUUUCUCCGCAGUUGCGAACUGAGCGUGCUCGCCUCGAUCAUCUCCUGCAAAAUGGGAAGACGAUUCAAUCCCAUCUGGGUGAUGCACAGAAAGAAUUGGAAUCUUUGAUGGGCACGUUGAAAACCGUCCAGGACAAAACGGAUGCGCUGUACGGCGAUUGUGAGGAUUUGGUGUCGGCACAGAACCAGCUCGUGUCCAAAGCCGAUGCAUUGCAUGCCAGAAUGGAACCGCUGCUGGAUUAUGACCGACUGGCUGUGCAGCUGAACGCCCCGGCUGUUAACGUGGGAAACGAAGCCUUUUUAGAGUGGCUGGAUAAGUUGCAGCAUAACAUGGAUUAUGUUACCGCGAAUCCUGAUUUUAAAGAAGCACCGUUGUAUAGAACUAGAUAUUCGCAGUUAUUGUCCAAAGCUGCGGCGUUAAUUCGCAAUGAAGUGGACCGCAGUUUCCAACGUGCCGUCGCUGAAGUGAUGCAGGCCGUCGCCGCCGGUGAAAGUGUCCAUAACACCUUCUCGGUGCUCUACUCUGUUUUCCAGCAGCAUUCCGGGAGUAUACGUCUUCUUUUGAAAAAUAUCGAUGAUCGUGGCGUACAGUUUCCAGCUAUUUAUAAUGAUCUGGUGCAGGAUUGUCACAGAUUAUAUUUUGCAUCGCGAACGAAACUUCUCGAUCCCUUUGUGCAGACAUCGGUAGUGGAUUUUCGUCGCAAUUCCAAACAGAAUAUUACCGAACUCUUGCGGGCUGCUUGCAGCUUCCUGGCUCGAGUAUGCCGAGAAGAGUUUCGGUUGUAUUAUCAGUAUUUUACACAACCGGCCCCCAUGCUGACAGAAUAUCUAGCGCAGAUAUGUCAGAUAUUUUAUGAUGGAAUCCGUCCAGAGAUUAUACAUAUGGAUCUGGUGGAGAAGAUAUCGGAUGUGUGCUGCUUUCUCAAUCAGGAAGUGCUUCGUGAGCACAGCGCCAACGCUAGUCAAGAAAUGGCACCGUUUGUGGAGUUUGUUCGGGUACUGCUGGCCGAUUGCAGAGAGCGGCUCAUGUUUAGGGUAUCCAACUUUGUCUUGGCCGAAAUUGUCGGAUUCAAACCGAAUAAGGGCGAUUUUGCUUACCCGGAAAAACUGGAAAUUUUGCAUCAGCUGUUGGAAACAUCCAAAGAGGAGUCGCGGCAUAGAAUCUCCAGUCGUAUGUCUGUGUCAUCGAUGAGUUCGCGGGUUGUCGAAGAGCGAUAUUUGUUUUCUGUUGAAUCACAAGGGUUCUGGUACCCGACUUUAAGGAGAGCAGUUGGCUUCCUGACCAAACUAUACCAAAGUUUGGAUGCACAAUCUUUCAAGAUAGUGGCUCAAGAGGUGAUUUUUCGUACUCUGGAAUCCUUGCACAAAGCCGCGGAGGAACUUUUUAAAGCGAAGGGCCGUCUACAUUGUGAUUUGUUUUUGAUUUCUCAUAUCCUUGUGUUGCGGGAACACCUGACUUUAUUUCAAAUGGAUUUGAGCACGGAAGAGGAUUCGCUAGACUUCAGUCGAGUUAUGGGCGCUGCUAAAGGCAUUGUCCAGCGUAAAUCUUCCAUUUUUUCGCUAAGCAGUCGUAAUGCAUUGUUGGAUUUUUUCCUGAGCAGUGCCCCGGAUAUUCGUACUAGCGUGAUAGACUGUCGGAAAGAAGUGGAUGUGCAGCUGCGAAACAUCUGUUUGCGUCUAGUUGAUUACGUCACGCAGAAAGUCUUGGGACCGCUGCCCGAAUUUCUGGAUAAAGCCGAUGUGGUACUGAGUAUGGAGAAGCCCAGUAGCUCGGUAAAACUGCGGAAUCAGUCGUUUUCGACUGCAACGGAAGUUAAAGAAAUCGUGGCGUUGGUCUACAGGAAUGUGAAGGUGGAGUUGCCCGCUAUGCUGGAUCAGUUUUUGUUGUACUUGAUCAGCGUGGAUACACAAUAUGUUUUAUAUAAACCGGUGAGAACAAAUAUAUGGAGAAAUCUGGAAAGAAUGCACAAGCUGUUGAUGGAAGCAUAUAACGAAGAUGAUCUGGCGAUGAUUGGUUGGCCGACUCUUGAACAGUGGAACGUGAUGUUGAAUAUUCCACCACCGAAAUCGGCGUUUUCCAGACAGAAUUCACGUGCAGAAUCGACGGUCUCUUCCGUUCAACAUGUUUAAUUUUUGUGGUGCUGAUUUCCAAGUUUUGCUGUAGCACUGUUUUUCUCAUUUUUCUUUUUGAAUGUUAUCUCUGUUUGAAUUUAUUAGAUUUUUGGAUACGUUGCCACCUCUUGUGAUCAUGAUUUGGCAAAAUUUUGUUGAUUGGUUUUAGAAUUAAUUUAUAUUAUUAGAGAACGUUUUGAUUGUCUUGGCCAGUUCAAGUCACAUGUGGUUUUAAUCAAUUAAUCAGGAACUCGUUUCGUCGAAUCAACAAAAAGCUCGCCACAAGAAGCGA